AUGCUGGCUGGCUUGCGCUUCGAUAGCGGCUUCUCAGGGAGCAAGAAAAACAAGGACAAGAAAAAGAAGCGGUCGAAGAGCCCGGACCAGAAGUCCACCGAAAGGCCACAGGAGGAUCCGAACGAACCCCUGCGAGAUGCGGCGGAGGCAACAAAGGCGCCGGAGAGGCGAAGCCUCUCUCCGUGCCGACUCCUGAGCGGCGGUCGGAGCCCAGAGCGGGGCGGCCACCGUGGGACCAGCGGCGAGCGGAGCGAGACGCAGAGAGGAGAUCACAGCGAUGCCGGUGACAAUGGAGAAGCUCCUGUCUAUCUGGAGCAAUCCUCGCACCACGGCCUCUCUUCCGUCGCAGCUUCUCGAGAGCUCAAUCCUCUUCUGCGGCCCGCGAGGGCCUCGUCGAGCGAGAACCCGGCAGAGACGACCCAGAGUGGGGCGCUGUCCGUCUCGCCGUCCGCGCACACGUGGAGAUCGGCCCAAACGUGGCGGGCUUGUCAGCUGCGGCGCCUGCAAGAGCGCGCGCAAGAGCGAGGAGACACCACCGUGGCGCAACUGGUCGCGGAGCACCUUGGCGCGGACGCCGCGCUCUUCCCUGUGGGGGGGCCGCAGCCCGAAAGGAGGCUCUCGCACCGCACGUCGCGUUCGCCCUUGGGUCGCUCCGAGUGGCGCAGGGACCGCGGGAGCUACGGCGAAGCUCGGGGAGACAGAGGAGAGAGCAGGGCGCGCGGGCGAGACGAGAGAGACGAUUCCGGACCGAGCGGCCGCCCCUGGACGCGUGAGAGAAGCGAAGAGCGCGAUGGCAGAGAGCGCGGAGACGGUCGCUGUCAGCCGAGGCUCGACAACGGUCGUUCGGAUCGCUACCUGCGACCUGACCCUGCUUCAGGGCCGGUGCUGUCGCCUCUCCAGGAGGAGGACGGCGCGCGGAAACCUUCUUGGAGGGAGAAAGUCGCGACGCUCGCCUCUCGGCGAGGGGCUGUGGAGAGCGGCCCGGGACACAGAGCGCCUCGGCCGGCGCGGGGGUGGCAAAGGGCUGAGAGCCGAAGAGAGGGAAGAGAAUGGGAUUUCGUGUUCUCUCGCUCGCCUCCCGAAAGUCACAUGGGGGAGGCGAAACCGACGACUUCGUCGCGGAUGUCUGAUGAGAGGCCUCCCGGCCGCUCGUCUUUGGCUGGAGAGCGCGGGGGUUCCUCUUGCGCAGCGGGGCAGCAAAAGGAUGACACAGAGCGGAAGUUCUCCUUCUCGGAUCGCCACGGCGGUCGCGCGUCGGGCGCUGGGGACGAGACUCCACCACAGACAAACUCCAGUGGCCCUCCCCCGCCGUCGUCCUCUGGGCCGUCGUCUGCGUCGAGCACGCCUUCGGCCUCCGCGGACAUCAACAGGCUCGCGGCAGACGCGUUGCGGGCUCAGAUGUGUGGCGACCAGAGAGCGUUUCGCCGUUUAGGCGGCCUGGUUGCGCAGAGACAGCUUGCAGCGACAGCGGAUGAGCUCGUGCGAGACGAUGACGCGAACGAGGGGCGAUUCGCAUUCGGCGCGUCUUCCAUUUUGCCCCGACCAGCCGGUGGCGGCGCUAUGCGGGAUGAGGCUGCAGCCCGGAGACCUCGUGGAGACGCUCUAGACGACGGUAGCUCGACUCAAAGCGUGCUUGACUUGCAGCGACGCGAGCGCGGCUCAGACAACGCGAGCUUCGACCGCGCCUGCGUCAACGCUGUCCUCAGCAACCGGAUGGGAGAUGACGAGGAUGACCCAGUCGCGCCAAAGAUGUCUGAAAAGAGAAGGCGUAUCACGGAAGAACGCGAACGGAAUCGUGGACGCCUGCUGAACAAGCAACAAGGGAAUUGCGCACGGUGUAUGGACACACAGCACUUCGGUCGUGUCCAUCGUGCGGGCAUUAUCGCGAUGUCAAGCCAAGCGCUUCUCUGCUUCCAGCCCUGGAGGAACUGUGUCUUGCGUUCGCAUCUUCUGCUUCUUCCUUUGGCCCAUGUGAGCUCAGUCACAACGGUAGACGACGCCGGGUACGAGGAACUUCGCAACUUCCAGAAAAGCAUCGUCACGUACUUCCAAGAGACACGAGGGGAGCUUCCGGUCUUCAUCGAAACCGUCACGCACUUUGUCGCCAAAGAAAAACUGUGGAUGGGUGCAGGCCCUCACACUGCGGUUGAGGUGCUGCCCAUUCCGCAGGACCGCCUCUUGGAAGCCAAGACGUACUUUCGGAAGGCGUUCGAGGAGGCGGAGGGCGAGUGGCAACAGCACAAGAAAGUUCUCGAGGUUCGCGGCCGUGAAGGGAUUCGCAGCGCCAUCCCGGCGAACAUCCCGUACAUUCAUGUGGACUUUGCGCUCACUGGAGGCCUCGCUCACGUGAUCGAAGAUGGCCGAAGCUUUUCAGCGUCGUUCGGACGCGACGUCAUUCUUGGCAUGCUGGAGAAGCCCCCGACCGACCGGGCGUUCUUCACGGAAGAGUAG